AUGCGUGUCCUUUCGAGGAAGGUCAUUCGUAGCGAUGCUAGGCGUAGAUUCAUGGCCGCCUCGCCCGCCCCGUCAGUGGCCGUUAGCAGUCAGGACACUACCAUCAGUGUGAGCGCCAGUCAUCCGGCUCCUACAGUCGGAUCCUCUGCCGGCUACACAAGGGUCCCCGCACGUUCACACAAGCGUCGAAGGCUUGCGACGCCUCAACUGCCUCAGCAACGAAUCGCACCUCCAAAGAAGCCCAACCCUCACACCUCCGUCAGGCGCAUCAUUGUAGAGCGUCACUGGACUGACUGCAGCGCCUGCCGAGCAGCUGGAAAGAAAUGCAUUCCUCCCGUCCCCGAAUCAAAUCAACGAAAGUGCUGGCAAUGCCGCGAAAGGACCAGGAAAUUCUGCGACUGUUGCUUCUGGAUGGACAUCGGUAGCGUCGAGAAGUUCAAGCAGCUCCUUGACUCCGGUCUUGACGUUGAAGAGGUCGAUCAGAGGGUCUGGGGAUCGUUCCCGGGCGUCCUUGGCGGUCCGUUUGACAAGUGCAAGACGUACAGCUUCGCUGCUGAAAACACAUCGCACGACCACGAAUUUGCAUUCAACCCCGCUCUUCACAGGCUCUAG